GUUUAAAGCAGCUUGACGGGUCGGUCGAGCAGAGCACUACAUUGUACAUCAGCUUUCGACGCCCCACCAUCAACGACACCGAGACACACUGCCACAAACAGCACACAUAAAGCUAGCCAGCCAGUCGCUUCGACAGAGGAAGCGGGCUCAUAAAGAAGGCGGAGCUUUAGGAAUAUACCGAACCGCCCGUGCAUUGACCACCACGAGAGCCCCUGGGAAAGACAAGGCGACGAGAUAACCGCCCUUGGCGUGUCAGCGGCACAAUGAAAAAGUUCUUCGGAGGCGGGAGCGGAGGCGGAGGAGGAAGUUCGCAAUACGGCGGAUCAGCCCCUUUCACGCCGGCUUCUGCGUCCACCGGAACUGAACAACGGAGUCACGUAGGACCGACAUCUUCCAUUGGCCACCAAAGCGUCUAUAGCGUCGCAUCAUCUCACCAGACUAACAACGUGGCCAGCGGCAGCCUUGCGCCACCUGGGCCACCAUACUACACCAGCAGCAUCAACAGCAGCCGAAGCUACACGGGCACGCCUUCGAACCCCAACACGCCUUCGCCUGGUCAGGCCACCUCGUCUCGAGGCCAAUAUUUUGACUCUGUCCCAUCUUUCACCAAUCUCUCGCCCACGCCAAGCAACAGCAACAGCAUCGGCACUUCCAACGGAACAAUGCACGUCCUUGGAAUGGGUCAUCUGGCGCCCGUCCAAAACCUGGCGCCAUCUUCGUCAAGGCCCACAUCGCCGACGGCGCCAUCCACGAAGCUGCAUGCACAGGAAGCAGACAACAAAGCUGGUCAAUCGCACGCCAUUGACCGUAACGACAUGCACAAGAGCCUUAAAGCACUCGAGUCCGUCCUUGACGCCGUAGACGAGUAUAGAGACCUCAAGGCGCGUUUAGCAAAGAGCGAGAAACGGCUGGCAAAGAGCCUCAACGAGCUGGGAAAGGCCAAGGCCCUCGAAGAGGUCCCCGCCAACACGCUUCUGGCCUCCUCUGCCAUCUUUGAGGGCAUCAACGACGUCCAUUCGAAGCAUGCAAAGAUGGUGCAAAAGGAGUACGAGGCCCUCAACGAGCAUUGCGCGCGAUACUUUAAAAAGAUUGCAAAAGAGGAAAAGGCACACGACGACCUCGUCGAGACUCUCGAUUCCAAGGUCAAGAAGGCCCAUGCGACACACGAAAAGAAUGUCAAGAAGAGCGGGCGAGGAGCGGUCGAGAGCCACGACAAGUACAUCCGUGACAUCCAGGGCCUAACCAACGACAUCGCAAGCGCAAAGAGUACCCAUGGGACCAGUAUUGGCGCCAAGACAUACCUUACCAGCCUCGCGGUGGCUGCGACGAUGGGCGGCCUUGCCGAUACCGAGUGGAAGGCGCACUGCGAGGAAGUCAGAAAGAUCGGGCCACAUGUGGGCAAGCUCAACGAGUGGCUCAACUUCGCCUCGAGCGAGGCCAUGGCUAACGUUCAGCCUCCUGAGCUGACUGACGAAGCGCUGGGCUGGGCCCAGGUGCUGGCCGUCAAGGAGCUCGAGGCUCGUGAGGCCAUCAACCAGCAGGAGAAGCUGCGGCAGGCAGCAAUCGAGAAGGCCCAGACCGCUUGGAAAGCGGAACAGAUGGGCUGGCAGCCUCCUCCUCAGCAGCAGCAGCAGCAGCAGCAGCAGCAGCUGGCCAAGGAGACAGACAAGGAUCCGAGCGUGACAUAUGCUAAUCUCCCAAGGCUCGAUAGCAACGGAAAAGUUGUUGCGGACAAAGCACCGGGAGAGAAAGCAGCAGCAGCUGAGUCGCCCAAGGAAAAGAAGGCCGAUGCGGCAAACGUGGCGGCUGUCACAGUCUCGCGCAAACCCACCGUUCAGGCGGUGUCGGUCAAGUCAGAGAAGUGGGAAGAGCAGCCACCUUCACCUAAGGAGGACACUUCAGCCGAAGAGGAAAAGAAGCCUUCGCAUCACGCUCAAAGUUCGUCAGGGGCCGAGGGAACUAUCAUUGAUCGCGGCCAGGACGAGGAUAGGAAGGAUGAGGAGCCAGCCGCGGAGCCCACCACAACUUCUGCUUCUCCUCCCGCAGCUCCCGCAACGAGCGUUGCACGAGACACGACAAGCAAUGCGCGCCAGGACACAUCGCGAGGCCAAAACAGUUCAGACGCCACGCCGAGCCUGAGCAAUUCCGCGUCAAACCUGGGAUCAGAAGACUCCAACAAUUCCAUGAUCAAUCUGGCUGGUGUUGGUGCGGGCCGAGGUCCCCACACGCCCCUCACGCCGCCCGACGAGCGCUUGGACGGGCUCUUUGACCCGUCCAAGAUGAUCAAGGAAGAGGACGAGGAGGCCGAGGAAGAGGCCCAGCAGCAGCAGCAACAGCAGCAGCAGCAGCAGCAGCAGGCGACGUCCAGCCCGACUGUUGGCAUUCUUAAAAACAAGAAUCAGCUUUCGUCAUCCCCGACCAAGAACUUCGAGACCGAGCGCGCAGCAGCUGUCAAAGACUUGCCGCUUCAUCGACCCCUGGACCGCUACGUGGACACUGACGCGCAGCGCCAAGAAGCUGCAAGCGCGCAAACAUCAGUACAAGAACAGGCAUCGCUCCUUGCACCGUUGCAAGAUGCCUCGAGACCUUAUGCUACAGCAUCACUUGGCCGCGGAUUCCCCACCGAAAACGCAAAUAACGGCAGUGCGAGGUCGGGCAGCCAUGGCGGGCGCAGCGUGAGUGUUUGGGAGCGCGAAAAGGAGCGCGAAAAGCAGCUCGAGCGUGAGGCCGAGCUACAGAGACGGCUCGCCGAGGCCGAGGAUCGGCUAAGGAUGCUCGAUCGGGAGGGAGCGGCCGUUGCAAAGGGCUAUCGGAGAGAGGACGUUGUCGCAACGCCCCCGCCCAUGCCCCAACGCAUUGACCACGUAGCCUCGCCACGUCCUAGAUACUCUGAACCUGUUCAGCAGCCUCGUCACUAUGCCGAUCGAAGGCCGGAUUACGAAGAGGAGCAACGUGUCCGUUACGAGCCGGACCGCUACGCUCCUUCCGUCGGCGGCAGCCGUCUGAGCAACAUGAGCCUCAACCGGACACUUUCGACGGACAGCGAGCGGAGCUUUGUUGCGCGCAUGAAGGCUCACUACCAGGCCGAGAAAGAGGAGAGAGACCGUCAGAGGGGUCCCAACGUCGACAGGCCUCUCUCGCCACCGACGGAUCUGCCAUCCAAUAUGCGGAGGGUUACAGACCUCGCAUCGAAUUAUCAGACUCGAUUCGACUAUUCUACCUCGGGCGGUUCAGUCAAGAGGACCGCAGACGGUUAUGGCGGGUACAUCUACGACGCUACCCCAUCUUCUUCGGCUGCUGCAAGCCGUACGCGCCAUGAUUCUGCGCCCCUGGGAAGGGACGAGUACGAGGGCUACGCGGCGGCGAGGCAUGCGCGACCGGUACCACCCAAUCCCCCGCCGAGGCAUCCGGUCGCGUUGCAGCACCAGCAGCAGCAGGCGCAAGGUCUGUCUGUCCAGCCGAGGCCACCGGUAAACUACCGGAGACUUAGUGCACCACCAGUCAAUCCUGCGGCCACUGCCACCGCGCCUCCACGAAAGGGAGCAGGUGGACUAGCAGGCGGUGGAGGAGAUGUAUACCCGCGGAGGAGCUUCGAAGACGGUCGAUCUGCUGUGAGCAGUGACCGGAGAGACGAAGAGCAGAGGAGAGUCGCGUUUGCACAGAAGCCCCAGCUUAUUCGCUAAUUAAACUUCUUCCAAUGUUGUUCAUUCGAGCAUCUAUUCAAUGGAUAUCUCUAGACA